AUCUAAACUUGUUGAUAGGUUCCCCUCCCCUUAUAAAACCCCGAGACACCAUUUAAGGUAAGGGCCGUUACAAUCGGAGUGCUUGUUUGGAAUAAUUUCAGGAGGAAUUUUGAAAUGGAAGGGGUAGGAGGAAAGCUUGAUCUUCGUCCGGUUAGAGGAAUUUGGAGAGAAAAAGAGAGAAUUCCGCCAUGGAGUCAUCGGGAUCAUCGAAGAAUCUGCUAUUGCCAGUCUCCGAGCCUCUGAAGGGCGACGACAGCCUCUUCAGAGGCUCUGCCAUGACCAAAAAUGGGGCCUAUGCUGCAAUUUCUUACAUGGCUUCUGCAGUACUGCUGGUAAUGUUUAACAAGGCUGCUCUUUCUUCAUAUAGCUUCCCAUGUGCAAAUGUCAUCACACUCUUUCAGUUGAUAUGUUCGUGUUCACUCCUCUAUGCAUUGAAACGGUGGAGAAUUAUUUCUUUCACAGUUGGUGAACCUCGAGUUCUUACUGAUAGCUCACCAACACUUGUUCCCCUUAAGACAUUGAUUCGAACAUCACCUCUUGCAAUAACUUAUUUGCUCUAUAUGCUGGCGUCAAUGGAGUCUGUACGUGGAGUUAAUGUUCCUAUGUACACUACCCUUAGGAGGACUACUGUGGUAUUUACAAUGCUUGUGGAGUAUUUUUUGACGAGGCAGAAAUAUUCAUCGUCUGUUGUUGGCAGUGUGGGGUUGAUAAUUCUUGGUGCAUUUAUUGCGGGUGCUCGAGACUUGUCAUUUGAUUUCUUUGCCUAUGCAAUUGUUUUCAUUGCCAACAUCGCUACAGCAGUAUACCUUGCAACUAUAGCCCGUCUUGGAAAAUCUAGUGGCCUUAAUAGCUUUGGUCUAAUGUGGUGCAAUGGGAUAAUAUGUGUACCAGUGUUGCUUUUUUGGACAUUUGUCCGAGGUGACUUGGAGAUGACAAUGACUUUUCCUUAUUUAUAUUCCCCUGGAUUUCAGGCUGUCAUGCUUCUUUCCUGUAUAAUGGCUUUCUUAUUGAACUACUGUAUCUUUCUGAAUACGACUCUCAAUUCAGCUCUCACACAAACAAUGUGCGGUAAUUUAAAGGAUUUUUUUACUAUCGGGUUUGGCUGGCUUGUAUUUGGUGGGCUUCCGUUUGAUAUUUUGAACGUUAUUGGGCAACUUCUUGGUUUCCUUGGCUCUGGUUUUUAUGCCUACUGUAAACUCAAGGGGAAGUAACAGGUCAUUCUUCAGGAGCUUGUUUUCAGUAGGUGGUUCUUAUUCGAGUUGAUGAUGCUGAUGCCUUCAUCAUCUCCUAAUUUUGAUCAAAUAGUCCCUGCCUCAGUAUAAAGAAUGGGAAAUGGUUCUUUUUGGGGACUGAAGAGCUUUUUAGCAUUAUCUUUUCCUAUAUCAGGGGAAUAAGGGACAUUUUUUUUUCCCGGUCCUCAUUUUAUAAUUUUUUAGUAGGUCAGGAUAAGAACUUAAAUUUAGAAGAGGCUUAUAACUGCUACCUAAUGCAACUCAGUUUGAUUUCAUAGGUGGUUAUUGCUCAUAUAGUCUUUUCCUCUUUAAAUUCCUCCUUUCGGUCCCCAAAAAUCGUGAAAAUUGCAAAAGAAAUGAAAGGAAAUGAAAAAUGCUAUUUCUGAUA